GACUGCGACUCGAAGCCCCUUGACUUACACUUAAUACCUAGACGACAGUUGAUUCAAGAUGCGACCUUUGACUGAAGAAGAGACCAAGGCCGUGUUCGAGAAGCUGGCCAACUACAUCGGAAAAAAUUUGGUGCAUCUGAUCGACCGACCCGAUGAGGAUGCCUUUUGUUUCCGACUGCAUAAAGAUCGAGUAUACUACCUCCCUGUCAAGACCAUGCACCUGGCAGUCUCAAUUUCUCGACCGAAUCUCAUCUCGCUCGGCACGUGUUUCGGGAAAUUCAGCAAGACCGGCAAGUUCAAGCUGCAAGUAGGAAGUCUCGAUUACCUCGCUCAAUAUGCCAAGUACAAGGUAUGGAUUAAGCCUGCGGGUGAACUGCCGUUCCUGUACGGCAACCACGUCGUCAAGGCACACUUGGGAAGAAUCACGGAAGACACGCCGGAGCACCAAGGUGUGGUGGUUUUCAGUAUGUCUGAUACACCUUUGGGAUUCGGAGUGACCGCUCGCUCAACGGUUGACACACGGAAAUUAGAUCCUACAGGUAUCAUUGUUUUCCAUCAAGCCGAUGUUGGGGAGUAUUUGCGAGACGAGGACACCAUGUUUUGAGUGCAGAAAGAAAGGUUUUUCACUCGAUACCGUUUCACCGGAAACUUCCCUUGUACACAGCUCUGCAUCAGUAUCCGUUUCUUGUACAACUAUUUAUAUCUGGUACCGUGUACAACCGCAGAUGUUUGCUUCGUUUGAACUUGGAAGCCCUUGUCAGAGGAAGCGCUCAGAACUUGACGCCCUCAGCCGGAUCUGAUCA